AUGGUAAGUGAUCAGCAAAGGAACGCAGUGGACAAUAUGUCGCAUAAAAGACAUGCUGCCGUUCUUGCAUUUCCGUUUGGUUGCCAUGCAAAGCCCGUGCUUAACUUGGUGUGCAAGCUUGCAAAAGCUGCCCCAGAUACUCGCUUUUCUUUCAUCAACACCUCAAAAUCCAACAAUUCCCUGUUCCAGAACUCGAAAUCAGAGAAUUUGGAAAAUAUAAUACCAUACAAUGUAUCAUAUGGUGUUCCAACAAAUCACGUCUUAACUGGAAACCCAUUAGAGGCAGUGGACCUUUUCCUCAAGGCGGCUCCUAAAAACUUCAAAACCUGCAUUGAGAAGGCAAUUGAAGACGCAACCAUGCAGAUCAGUUGUCUAAUAACAGAUGGAUUCUUGGUCUUUGGUAGCCAGAUGGCUGACGAUUUCGGUGUUCCAUGGAUUCCAAUUUGGAUACCGUUACCUUGCACCUUGUCUGCUCAUAUUUACACUGACACUAUUCGCCAUUUAUAUAUAAAUGACGGUGUUAAUGGUCAAGUGAAAACCCUAGAAGCCAUUCCAAGUUUGUCUACAAUGCGCAUUGAGGACUUACCAGAUGAAGUACUUCCGAGUGAGUCUCUAUUUUCGGAGACCCUAAGACAAAUUGGGAAAGUCUUGCCACAGUCCGCAGUUGUUGUUAUGAAUUUCUAUCAAGAACUAAACCCCACAGUCCUUGAAAAUGAUCUCAAAUCCAAGUCUGUCAAAUUGCUCAAUGUAGGUUUUCUCACCCUUUCAUUACCACUACCACCAUUGCCACUAUCAGAAUCCGAUGCCACAGGCUGCCUUUCAUGGUUGGACGACCAACAAGCUUCGUCCGUGGUGUAUAUCAGUUUUGGAACUGUGGGAGUUCCAUCUAGGAGUGAGCUUGUAGCUCUGGCUGAGGCACUGGAAGCAAUUGAUGCACCAUUUCUUUGGUCUCUUAGAGGCAGUUUUAAGGACUUAUUGCCAAAUGAUUUUGUUGAAAGGGUAAACAAGAAUGGGAGAGUUGUGUCAUGGGUACCUCAGACGCAAGUAUUACGACAUAGCUCAAUAGGUGUGUUUGUGACUCAUUGCGGGUGCAACUCUGUGUAUGAAAGCAUUACAAAUGGGGUCCCAAUGAUCUGCAGGCCAUUGUUCGGAGAUCAUAGAAUGACUGGGCGGAUGGUUGAGGAAGUAUGGGGUGUUGGAGUAAAAGUGGAGGGCGGAGUAAUCACAAAGAACGGAAUUAUCAAGAAUUUCAAGCUGAUUUUGGAAGAUGAUAAAGGGAAGGAGGUGAGGGAGAAGGCUAGAGCCCUCAAAGAGAUUGUUAAAGAGGCUGCCGGGCCUUCUGGAAGCGCUAUACAAGAUUUCAAUACUUUGGUGGAUAUAAUUUCUUUGCUUUGA